AUGAUCUGCUACGACUUUGGCGAAGAUAACACACUUAAAGCCCCUCCUGUACUUGUCGAGUGGCCAACCUGUUGCCUUCGAGACCACGCAUUCCAGCUUCGGGGUCCAAGAGCGGAUGCAAAUGGCCGACCUGGCAGAGCGAUAUUUCUCGUCGGCUCAUGGAAUCUCGCUCAAUUAUCAGACGACCUACAGUGCCUCUCAAAAUGA